CUAUCAAGAGAACAACCUCCUCCUGAAAAACCAACAGAAACAUUACAAGACUAAAACAAUGAACUCAGCAGCCAUCCUGUGCCUUGCUGUCUUGUUCUGUGCAGCAAUUGAAGGAUCUCCAAUGCCUGGCAAGGGUCGUUGCCAUUGCCUUGGAGACGGUGUCAACUUUAUUCAACCAAGACUCAUUGAGAAGUUAGAUGUGAUUCCUGCAUCAACGACCUGUGGCAACUUGGAGAUUAUUGUUACACUGAAGAACAGUGGAGAGCUGAGAUGCCUGAAUCCCAAAUCUAAGUUUGCACAGAAUUUCAUUAAGAAUGCAAAGAAAAGGUCCGAGCAGUAGACUUUAACAUCAACAAGAGAAGAACAACCUCAAAGACCCCAGAACAAAGACCAAACAGCCCUCCCAGAUACCUUAUAAAUGAGAAAUAUUUGUGAAUGUUGAACUUGUUUGUUCUGUGUUUUAAAUAACAAAACUUAAACCAAUGUAGAUAUGUACAAAUAUUGUGUUAUUUCAAACAUAAAAAAUGUCUUAACUGUUAUUUGUGUACAUAUAUUUGAGAGAGAAUUUUUUUUAAAUGGCUGAAAAUGGGUAAUUUCUGAAUUUCAAAUGUUGAGCAUGUUGUAAAUCUGGGUGUGAAAAUAUGUACUGUAUCUUUUAUCUAUGACUAAACAUUUAUUGUAUAAAUUGUAAAAUGUUCUGUACAAUUUUUUGUAAAUAAGUUAUUGUUUGAGGAUAUUCAUGUUCUUUGUUCAACCUUAUAAGUUCAA